UGUGCAUUCUAGCCGCGCCUGGGCGGACGCUCCAGCAAACAACCCCGCAGCGACCCAGAGAUGCUGCUGCCGGCGUCCGCGCUCCUCCGCGCCCUCCUGUCCCGUCCCUGGACCGGAGCCGGGCUGCGGUGGAAGCACACCUCGUCCCUGAAGGUGGCCAACGAGCCCGUCUUAGCCUUCACGCAGGGCAGCCCUGAGCGAGAGGCCCUGCAAAAGGCCUUGAAGGACCUGAAGGGCCGGACAGAGGCCAUCCCAUGUGUGGUGGGGGAUGAGGAGGUGUGGACAUCGGACGUGCAGUACCAGGUGUCGAGUUGCUAUGAAACGAACACAGUGCAUGGGAUGUACCUGGCCUGCUGCAGAGGAUCAGUCAAUUCUGCUGAUCCCCGUCCAGCCCAGAGGACCGGCUGCAGGAGAUGCUGGCUCAAGGGCUUGAGAAUCCUUUCCCCGUCAGCCCCCGGGACGGGACCUGGUCAGCCCUCCAAAUGUUUCCUGGUCCCUGCUGGGGCCUGGCUCAGUGCUCGCGUUGGGCACAGGGUCAGAUGUGAGAAGAGGAAGGACAGGAGGCUGUUAGCUGUUCCUGACACCUGGCCCUCUGCCUUGCAGGGUAAGACCGUGAUCCAAGCGGAGAUUGACGCUGCAGCGGAACUCAUCGACUUCUUCCGGUUCAACGCCAAGUAUGCGGUGGAGCUGGAGGGGCAGCAGCCCAUCAGCAUGCCUCCGAGCACCAACAGCACGGUGUACCGGGGUCUGGAGGGCUUUGUGGCGGCCAUCUCGCCCUUUAACUUCACUGCAAUAGGCGGCAACCUGGCGGGGGCACCGGCCCUGAUGGGCAACGUGGUCCUGUGGAAGCCCAGCGACACCGCCAUGCUGGCCAGCUAUGCUGUCUACCGCGUCCUCCGGGAGGCCGGCCUGCCCCCCAACAUCAUCCAGUUUGUGCCAGCGGAUGGGCCUCUAUUUGGGGACACUGUCACCAGCUCAGAGCACCUCUGUGGCAUCAACUUCACAGGCAGUGUGCCCACCUUCAAACACCUGUGGAAGCAGGUAGCCCAGAACCUGGACCGGUUCCGCACCUUCCCACGCCUGGCUGGAGAGUGCGGCGGAAAGAACUUCCACUUCGUGCACUGCUCGGCCGACGUGGACAGUGUGGUGAGCGGGACCCUGCGCUCAGCCUUCGAGUACGGCGGCCAGAAGUGUUCCGCCUGCUCGCGUCUCUACGUGCCACACUCCCUGUGGCCGCAGAUCAAAGGGCGACUGCUGGAGGAGCACGGUCGGAUCAAAGUGGGCGACCCUGCAGAGGAUUUUGGGACGUUCUUCUCUGCAGUGAUUGAUGCCAAGUCCUUUGCCCGUAUCAAGAAGUGGCUGGAGCACGCGCGCGCCUCGCCCAGCCUCACCAUCCUGGCCGGGGGCAAGUGUGAUGACUCCGUGGGCUACUUUGUGGAGCCCUGCAUCGUGGAAAGCAAGGACCCUCAGGAGUCUAUCAUGAAGGAGGAGAUCUUCGGGCCUGUACUGACUGUGUACGUCUACCCAGAUGACAAGUACAAGGAGACACUGCAGCUGGUUGACAGCACCACCAGUUAUGGCCUCACGGGGGCAGUGUUCUCCCAGGAUAAGGAUGUCGUGCAGGAGGCCACAAAGGUGCUGAGGAAUGCUGCCGGCAACUUCUACAUCAACGACAAGUCCACCGGCUCGGUGGUGGGCCAGCAGCCCUUCGGGGGAGCCCGAGCCUCUGGAACCAAUGACAAGCCAGGGGGCCCACACUACAUCCUCCGCUGGACGUCGCCCCAGGUCAUCAAGGAGACACAUAAGCCCCUGGGGGACUGGAGCUACGCGUACAUGCAGUGAGCCCUGCUCGGACUCCACCGUCCUGCUGUCUGUCCAUCCAGGCAGCCGACUUCACUGCACAGACCCCACUCCAGCCCCUCCGCCCCUUCUUCACGCACAGCUGCCUUUCUAGAAUCCAGGCUUGACCUCCUUCCUACCACUGUAUUCUGGCCUCUCCCACGCCUCAGGCUGUGGUUUGAGACCGUGCUGGGGAGGAACAGGGCCACUACCCCUUAUCCCACUGGCCAUGUGGGAGGUAUGACCGUGGUGCCCGGCAGGUUCUCCCUCUCCCCUCCACUGGGCCCAGUGGCUCAGGGACCUGGGGAAAGGAGAUGGAGCGGCUCUUGGGAUCCUUUGGGUAAAUGGAGGCCAUUCUGGGCCCCUUGGCAAACCUCACCACUCACAGAGGCUCCUGGCCUUGAUCCCUGCCCCUCCAGGUGUCCAGGGUAAAGUGUAACUCAGGUUGACCUGUGGGGCACAAUGGGCACCAGCUGGCCUUACCCUCUCUGGUCUGGGCUGUCUACCUUCCUCACUGUAUCUUCGCCCAGACCCACCUGGGCCAGUAGGCCCCUGUACCCAGCCAUACACCUUAGAUGCCGGCAUGCCUUUCUCCAGGUGCCUGUGUUCGGCCGAGGCCCAUGUGAUUCCUGGUCUGCACCACAUGGCGGGGCUGGGGGGCCGCUGGAGGCCACCUGCCAAGGCGUGGGAUGGGGCGUGAUUCUGGAAAACCUUGGAUGGGCCUUCGUCCUAUGUCAGCCUUCCCUCGGAUCCUCAGGCCCUACCUCUAGAGACCUCCACUCCUAGAGCCAGUCUCAGGGUCUGGGAUUUCCCUGCAGGAGCUCAGCCACCACCAUGCCACGGUGACACAGGCCGAGGCAGACAUUGCCCCUCCCUUCUCCCAGCCCCCAGAGGCCUGGCCUCAGGUUCAUCAGCCUGGGCCGAGGACGUUGCCUGUAGAAUGCUCCUCCUCUGCGUGGGAGUGGCUCUGUGUGGACCAGUCCCUCACUGGCCUAUUCUUUUUUUGACACAGCCAAUCUGUGACCACAAUUCCUUCUACAGAUGCCUCCUUCUUGGAUUCUGAGUGGUCAGGGAUCCAUAAAGCAUGACUUUCAAGGAUGGUUUCUAGGGCACUGUGAAAGUGUUGGGACUUCCUCCAGGAUGCCUACAUGGGACCCCCCCUGGAGCUGGUGUGUCCGUUCCCCAAGUGCCACCGGCCCAUGGAUGGGGGUGGGUGCCGGUGCCACCUGGACUGGGUGUGGGUUCUGUGUCCUUCCAGGAUCUGUAUCAUUUCCCAUGAGGGGCCAGGGCAGGUGGCUGGGGGGGCACAGGCUGGAGUGUUCUCCAUUCUACUGGUUCUACAAUGUGUGGUGGCAAUGGGAUUUGCUCUGAUGCCACCCAAUAAAAUACCUGUUACUUAA